AGCGGGGAACAAGUACCCUUUAGAGGUGGGAGGGUCCGCUCUACCGCUCCGCCGCCGAGUCCCUUCCAGCCAUGGCGGGCUUCUCCGCGAAGAAACGUCUGUCCAAGCCCUUGUUGUUUGGGGGCAUCUUCUGUGCCUUGGCGACCGCCUUCGUGUACAGGUGCCGUGAGAGGGCCUGGGCAGGAGUCCAAAGGGAGGAGGAGCUCAAGGAGUCUGGCAGGGGUUGGUGCUGAGGUCGGAAAUAAAGUGCACAGUCCAGCAAGCUUCUCCAGCUCCCUGACCUUUCAGCUUGGCCCUCGGCUCACUUUCUUGGGAGUGAUCCCCGCCGAACUUUUGCAUCAUAAGCACGCAUAGGAUUGCACCGUGAAAAAGUCCGCGGCAGUCCUCUUGCAAGAUCCCAUUUUUGUGGACUUCACAAAGGAGACCCCCCACCCCAAAAGUGUAUUUGUGGUGCUUUUAAAAGCUAGCGAAUCUGCUGCGAUACAGACUUUUGCUGGGUUGGGUUUUCCUUCGGUUCGGAAGGUUUGUGCCAUAUGCCAUCUGUUUGGUCUCUCGAGUCUUGCAAGGCUUUGUGUUUUUGCAGAAACAGGUUUGCAAACCCAUUGCAGCGCUCCUUAGGAGUAAGCCCCAUUCCUCUGUGGGGCUUUCUGCUGGGUAAACGUGCAUAAGACUGACUGGAGUUUUCCCCAAGUCUCCCACCCCACACAGAUUCAUAGCUCUUUAUGAAGUCUCAAUCAGUCUAAUGGCCGUAGGAAGUUUUAUUACUCUCUUUUCCAAGAACUUUUCGGUGUGUGGUUCUUGGCUAGCUAGGACUCGUCCUACGUUUUAGAACCUCCCCAACCAGAAAAGGAAUGGGUUGUGUGUACUGUACUAACAUGCACGGUGGAUGGCAGGAUAGAGCUUUGUUGAGGGACGCCUGAUAAGCAAAGGUCGGGAGUUGGGCUGCAUGGCUUGCUUAACUCUCUUUUUGCCUCUGUUUACUGCAGACAUCGUUUUUUCCCUGAGGUAGAGGAGAUCCGUGCCCGGGAGUACGAGUACUAUGAAAAGAAACGCCAGGAGGUGCUGCAAAGGCGCCAGCAGCAACUGGCUGAGCUGGCGCAGAAGAAAACAGCCCCGUAAUUGGCCUUCUACUGCUGAGGAAAGACAGAGACCUGACUAAAUGGACUAGAUGACUAUGCUCCCAUGCCAUUGGUUCUUACAGGCGUGUUUGGGCUUGGACUACUCAGCGGGGUUUGAGCAAGUCCUAUCUUAAUUAACUUGAGAGUUCUUGGGAGAGAGCAUGUAAUGUCCAUAAGAAUAAGGAUUUGAGUCUGAGGGAACCUAAGAUUACGUAUUGGUUCUUGCAUUGAUUUUUUAUGCAACUUUUAGCAUAUGAUUUAGCACAAGUGGUCUUGCCACGACUCCAAAAAUUUGCCAUGUUUUGGUGAGUCUUGGCUGCCCUAAACUUUUCAUAUAUGAGUUGUGUGGUUUUUUUCUUUUUGGUUUUGCUGGUAAUCAUGUAUAAAGGUAAAGGACCCCUGGCAGUUAAGUCCAGUCGCGAAAUAUAUCCCUGCUUUCAGACAAUAUUUCAGAGAUGAACAAUAUUCUUGCUUCCUAUGCAGAAACAUCUAGGCCACUGUUCAGACAAAUGAAUGUCUAUUUCUGGCGUGUGUCUGCUUAAUCACUGAAUGAAGCACAAUUGUUAAUUUUGAAACAUGAAUGAAUUCCUGCAGUUGGAUCAUAGCUGUAAAAGUGAUUGUGAACAAAAAUGAUGCGCUGAUGCAAAUAUAUUACCCAAAUUCUUUGGAAUUGUUUAGUUUGAAGUUUUGAGUCAAUUCUACAUAUAGCUAUACUCGGUUCUACUGACUUCAAGGUAGCUUACUUCUAGCUAAUUGGGUAUAACUUUGCAGCCUAAGCAGUCCACUGAGACAGCCAGUAAUUUCUGAGUGGUCUGCAAGGUGGGUGGGAUUUGAGAGCUGCUGUCCUCAAAUUUCCAUUUCAAAAGCUUGGACAAUAAAUUGUAGGAACAAUUGUGUCUCCCUGCAAGCAUCUGUAAUGAUUGCAGCCACUGUCUUCCCAGUACAAGUUAAUGGAGUAACAGUCCCUUACCUUGGUUGAUUUGCUUGUGUGGAACAAGGAAGAGAAUUUGAGCUGGUCAGCCCAGUCCAAACAGUGUCACCCUUGACGUUCCUUUUAAUUAUCUAAGGAUCUCAGCUGUUUGCUUGUAGGCUGACAAAAUUUAAGAUUUUAAGUACUCAAGAGGCAGUGGGGGGUAUGAUAAUAAUUUUUUGGGGAAUUUGUAUAAUAAUGAAAUGUUCUGCCAUUAUCAAAAGUAUCAAAAUAAAGUUCACAAUCUUCCCCUCCACUCUAGGCACUGCAUGUAUAUAUUUUAUAUUUAGGGGAGGUGGUUUACAGUGACACAGAAUCAGUUUGAGAAAUUGAUCGUGGAUCUGCAAAAACAGUAUGUGGUUGGGGAGGGUACUUCUUAAGCCACAAGACCCAGGAACUGGAUCCUUCCUGAGGGAAAGUGUGAAGGAUGAGGUAAGGAAUCAAGUCACGUGAACCAGAGAGGGAACAGUGGUCCAGUUGCAAAGAGGGUGAACAGCGAUCUCUUUUCUGGAAUGUGAACAAGGAAGCAAUGAGCAGGAGAGGGCAGGUGUUGCAGAAGUACAACUCCUUAUCAGCUCAAGCAAGCAUGGUCAAGGAUCAGCAACAUCUGAAGGGCCAAAGGUUCCCCACACCUGAGCAAGAGGCUAUGGUCACUAGAAUCUAAGCCAGCCUUUCUUAACCUUGAGUCCCCAAAUAUCUGACCAGUAUGGGAUGAUGGAAUUCAGGGAUGAUGGAAUUGUAGAACUGAAGGUACCACCAGUGUCCUAUAGUCCAGCCCCUUGCAGUGCAGGAAUCUUUUGCCCCAUGUGGGACUCAAACCCAUGACCCUGAGAUUAAAAGAUAUAAUAAUAUUAUAAUUUAUUAUUUCUACCCCACCCCUCUGGCUGGGUUUCGUGCUCUACUUACUGAGCUACCCAGCACUGAAGUUGCAGUUCAUGAACACUUGGAGACUCGAGGCUGAGAAAGGCCUGCCUAAGCACUUAGCCAGGAGUAGGUUCCUGUUGAGUAGGUUCCUACUUGUGACCUACUAAUUGGUAGCGUGGUGGGGUGGAACAGGAAAUGGGCAUAUUUUGGAGAGCUUCUUAGAAGAGGCAGGAGGAGGGAGUAGUCUUUUGUACUGCUCUCAGAGCAAGUUGGGUGAGGAAUAGGUGUUUGUUAAUUCCGGUUUCAUGGGCAACUAGUUGUAGAUGAGGAAGAAAGUCCUCCUAUGGGUGUGUUUCGGAGCAACCCCACCUUAUCUGCACAGGGGUGACACAUACGGUUCCUUUUUAUUUUAACAUCAGUGAAACUUUUAAUAUUUAUUAAGAAGUAAUGAACUUUAAUUUAGAAACACAGGCAGCUACCUUACAGAGGCAGCCCAAUGAUCCAUUAUCACAGUAUCAUCUACACUGACAUAAUCCCUAGGUAGUUUAACAAUUGAUAUUUUUCUGUCUCGGUUCUGUGCUAUUUGAGAAACAUGCCUUCUCUAGAAAAUAGUCUGCCUAUAAUGCUUUUUUGGGGGGUGGGGAGGGGAAUAGUAAGCAUGAAAGAAGGUCAUGGAGAAUGGGAGUGUCUUUUUAUUGGCUGGUUUCUCCAGAUUAGCUAGCUUUCAAUGUUGUAUAAUAAAACUAGCUGUGUUUGUGUUC